AUGGAUCCACUAACAAAAAUAUGCGCUGACCAAUACGUGGUUAUGAGAUUACCUUCAGACAACUGUAAAUUGGUGGAGUUAAAAGUUGAUUCUUCUGUCUCGCUGGGGAAAUUUGGUGCAUUUAAUGUCAAUGAUAUUUUAGGGUAUCCUCUUGGAACCAAGUUUGAGAUUUGUUACGAUGAAGACACUGCAGCUGAACCAAUACCAACUAGUGGUAAAUUCAAGAAUAAAAUCCCUAUUGGUAGGAUUAGGGUUCUUGAUGAUUCUACUUUGAUUGAAGAGGAAAAAUUGAACAACUUUGAUAGCAGUGAAAAUAAUCAAGAUUUGAUCAAUAUGGGGAGCGACAUCCAGAAGUUGACUAGUGAUGAGAUUGAAGAAUUAAAGAAACAAUCAGUUUCUGGUAACGAAAUUAUAUCCAAGAUCAUUGAAUCUCACGGUAAUUUCCAUAAGAAGACUGUUUACUCACAGGAAAAAUAUUUGAAGAGAAAGAAACAAAAAUUUGAUAAGAUAUUUACGGUGGAUUAUUUGAGCAGUUCCGCCUUGUUGCAAUACCUAAUUGAUAAAAGCGACAUUCAAAGAAUUAUGGACAUGUCACAAGAAUCACUUGGUAUGCUUUUGAAUUUGGCUAAUGUAAGGUCUAACGGAACGUACCUUUGUAUGGAUGAAACGGGAGGCCUGCUAGUUUACUUCCUUCUCGAGAGAAUGUUUGGUGGACUUAAUGACUCGACCGAUACUGGGAAGAUAGUAGUGUUACAUGAAAACGAACAUCCUAAUUUGGACUUACUAAAAUUCUCUAAUUAUUCUGAAAAAUUCAUCAAUGAGCAUGUUAUUACUGUUUCUUUGUUGGAGUUUUUUGAGCCGCCAACCAUGGAAGAAGUGGAACAAAGGUUUGCUCCAUUGAAGAAAGAACAACUAUAUGAAUUGAAAAGUGGCAAGAAGAACACAUAUUAUAGAAAACUAAAAUGGUAUCACAAUCAAUUAGAAAUAAUGAAAGUCACAAAUGAAAUUGAAUAUGAUGCCUUAAUUGUGGCAUCUACGUUGCAAUUAACUUCUCUGAUACCGAAGCUUGGUGAAAAAGUUCAUGGUUCUAGGCCGAUUGUUUGCUAUAGCCAGUUUAAGGAGACAUUAUUGGAAUUAUCUCAUCAGUUAUAUUCUGACUUGAGAUUUUUAGCACCUACUAUUUUUGAAACUAGAUGCAGACCAUACCAAUCCAUAAGAGGAAGACUACAUCCAGUCAUGACAAUGAGAGGUGGUGGUGGUUAUUUGAUGUGGUGUCAAAGAGUCCUUCCUGCGUCAGAACCUGAAGUCACAAAUAAUAUUGAGGUAAGACAGGAGGAGGAAGGAGAAAGUAGUAAUGACAUAACAAAGAAACAAAAGUUGACCGUUUAA